CAUCAACCCUCCGUUAUCUUAAGAAAUCUAGAUAACGACAGCUCGCGCAUUAAUCGCGUAACGUACACAUUUUGCGUGAUAAUCACAGUUCCGGCGGAUGUGCGAAUAAUUCUCUAGUCAAGGUAACCGAGAGAAACAAAAUUGUCUGUCGUGCACAAAAGCGAUGCAACGAAAUCAGUUCAUCAUCCGGUACAGAUGAUGUUAGUCGCGAAUGCGAAAUCGAAAAUACAUCAGUAUCUUGCGUUAUCCGUUGUGUACGGAAAGAAUAAUUUAGAGCAUUAAACAUCUUCUCUGGAAGCAUUAAACGAUAAUUUUUUUACAAAGUCGAUCGCCGCUUAUUCCUUCUAUGAGGAAAAUUAUUUUGUUAUGUAAAUUAAUUUCUAUCUCUUAAUUUAAAUUAAUUUUUGGUAUUUAAAUAAUUGUUAGAAUCGUUUCUUAAAAUCAAUUAAAAAGUAGAGAAUUUUAAUCCUUACUAAGGUGACCAUCUAUUUAAAUUAAUAUUUAGAAAAAUGUACUGCUUAUUGCUGUUGCUUUUACUGCCAAUAGUAACUUCGAAACCGUGCGAGUAUUCCGAGUAUCAAUAUUAUAUGUGCCAAAAUAAUUCUCUCUCUUGCCCUGGCAAUCAGAAAUGCACAUUCAUCGAACACUGCCCGGCGGUUGUAUCUCUAAUGGAACGAAACGAGCUCUCCGCCCACAGAUUACGGCAAGCUGUAUGUGGAUACGAUCGAACGCGCAUGAAAAUUUGCUGCAGCGUAGACAGUAAUUCCGAACGGCCGAUAUAUACGAAUCAGGAUACAUAUCUGACGCAAUCAUCUUCCAACUCUCAUUGUGGAAAGAGUCUUAUUCGAAAUAACAUAGACAGUUUGGGAUCGUAUCCUUUCGUCGCGAGGAUCGGUUUUGCAAAUACAUUAACGAGUGAGAUCAAAUACUUGUGCAAUGGCGUGAUUGUUAAUGAGCGUACAGUAUUAACUACAGCUACAUGCGCACUCGCGAAAUCGGACAGAUACAAAUUAUGCUCUGUGCUUAUUGGUGAAUAUAAUACAGAGUCGAAUCCAGAUUGCAAUCAAUUAUUUUGCGGACGUAAUACCAGUAGCCACGAUAUAUCGUAUGUGAUAAAACAUCCGGGCUAUGACGCCGCAAGUUUUUCCAGUAACGUUGCCUUACUUCGUUUAAAGAAGGCUAUCAAUUUUACAGCCACAGCGCAACCAAUCUGUUUUAUACCAGAAGACAGAUAUGUCAGCUUGGAAAGUACAUGCACCGUUGUUGGCUGGGGAAAAUUGUCCAGUCAAAAAGCACAACCACCGACGCAACAGUCAUUACAACUAAAACUCGUACCUAAGCAACAAUGCUCAGAUUAUUCAAGCCACGGUCUGUCUGUUGAAUUAUGUGCCAAAGGGAAUUGUGAACCUUGUUCAGGUUACAGUGGAAGUCCUCUAUUAUAUAAAUAUGCAGACACAUAUUUCCUGGUAGGAAUCCUAUCAUAUGGGUCUAGUUGCGACUCAAGCACCAUUUUUCCAUCUGCGUUCAUAAAUGUACAGAAAUACACAAGAUGGAUCUUAGAGAAUUCUUAAGAUUGCAAAUGCAACCGUCUCAAAAUGGCACUUAAGAAC